GAAAAGCCUCCAUCUUCCUCCCUUCUCUCCUUCUCUGCCUACACACCAGCCCACAGAAUUCUCUCUCUCCUCCUCCUCCUCCUCCUCAAUUUUGUUCUGUGCGCCGUUCCUCUGCACUCACCUCUAUCGCUAACCGACCAUAGCCCAAACACCUUCUUUCCUCUACAAAAAAGAAAAGAACUCAUGUUCAUACUCAAUCUCCCAACUUCAAAAUUCCUGAAAUAAAAGCCUCGGCCUUUCAUUUCAUACGGUUCUGCUUCGCUGUUGCCCUCUCCGUCAGCCUUGGAUGUCAUGGCCUAAGGUAUAGCGCAUGGGCAGCGUUCUAAAGAUUGCACUACAGCUGGAUGACUAACAUACUCCAUUUUUAUCACUUUCCCGCCAAAAUGCUGCCAGGUGGCAGACCAAAAAACUCUCACUUUAGAUAUUGAUAGAUUAUGUAGGACCCACAACAAAUAAAUCUUCCCAUAUUUAUAUCUGCCCAACUUAUGUAGAACGAACCGAGCACUGGCCUAAAUAAAUUCAACAAAUAUACUCCCAUCUAAAAAGCUUUGUUUUCCACGAGCAAAAACAGCAUAGAGCUGACACGUGGAAACAGAUUCUCAUAAGCUGACAGAUAUUUCAAUCUCUAAGCAAAAAGCACCAUCGUAUCUCAUGAGCUCAUCAGAAUUUCAUACUAACCGCAAUUAAUCAAUUACCAAGAACCCAUUUUUAUCCCAACAAAUACAAGUAAUUAAGUUUUUUUUGUUGAAUUACUAUUUCCUUAUUAUUUCAAGCAAGAAUCCACCCCAUUUCAAACAAGUGAAUAAUCAACUGUUGACACUGCCACCGCCGCAAUUCACUUUUGGGAGCUCACUGGUGUUUUAUGGUUAAGUUAUGAUUUCAUACAGUGAUGUGGAGAGCCAACUGUUCAAUGGUAUGACUGCAGCUUGACAUGCUAUUUGUAGGUCAGGACACCAGCAUUGGAAAUAUGGGAUAUGGCUUUAGUAGAUUGGAUUCUGCCUCCAGACUUCUUGAUGGUUCGAGUUCCAGUGAUGAGAUUCGUGCUAGUCCUCGGAUCAAUAGGCAGUUGCAUUCUGUAGACCAUGAUAUUGCUCAGCUAACAAGGCUCCAAUCUCCGCAGGAGAAUUUUAGUCUAACUCGUCCAGGGAAGCGUGAGUAUCCCGUCUCAGUAGUGACGAUGCUGGCUGGUCGAGAAGCAAAUCUUUUCAAAAGAGGGAGGUUCUCGCCAGGAGACUGCCGUCAUGUUUUGAGUAAAUAUUUGCCUGUUAAUGGUCCUUGGGUUGUGGACCAGAUGUCAACCAGGGCUUAUGUGUCGCAGUUUUCGUUGGAUGGCUCGCUUUUUAUGGCUGCUUUUCAGGGAAGCCAAAUUAGAAUAUAUGAUGUCGAGAGAGGAUGGAAAGUUCGAAAUAACAUUCUUGCUAGAAGCUUCACAUGGACAAUUACUGAUGCAGCCUUAUCGCCCGAUAAAAGACAUCUUGUUUAUGGUAGCAUGUCGCCUAUAGCCCACAUCGUCAACGUUGGAUCUGCUGCCAAAGAAUCCCUUGCAAACAACAAUGAACAUGAAUGUUUGGAUUUCACUUCUCCUGAAGAUGGUGGGUUUGCCUUUGGAAUGUUCUCGCUGAAAUUCUCGACAGAUGGACGUGAAAUUGUUGCUGGAAGCAAUGAUGAUGAUAUAUAUGUUUAUGACCUCGAAGCGAAGAAAGUCUCUCUUCGCACCACAGGCCACGGGUCCGAUGUCAACACCGUCUGCUUUGCUGAUGAAAGUGGCCAUCUUAUUUAUUCAGGAAGCGAUGACAGAGCCAUUAAGGUUUGGGAUAGGCGCUGCUUGAGACCGAACGGAAAGGCUGCAGGGAUCCUAAAGGGGCACCUUGAAGGGAUUACAUUUAUUGAUAGCCGUGGAGAUGGUCGGUAUCUUAUAUCCAACGGGAAAGAUCAAGCCAUCAAGCUGUGGGAUAUCCGGAAAAUGACAUCAAAACAUCCCUAUUACAUCUAUCCACUGCACAAGAAUCCGGAGUGGGACUACAGAUGGAUGGACUACCCUUCACAAGCGAGAGAGUUGAAGCACCCUUAUGAUCAGUCGGUAGCUACGUAUAAAGGCCAUUCAGUCUUGCGCACUCUAAUCCGCUGUUACUUCUCACCCGAAUACAGCACUGGACAGAAGUACAUCUACACCGGAUCUCACGAUUCUUGCAUCUAUAUAUAUGAUUUGGUUACUGGCGCCAAAGUUGCCAAGCUGAAGCAUCACAAGUCGACAGUGAGGGACUGUAGCUGGCACCCGAGCUACCCGAUGCUGGUCAGCUCGUCUUGGGACGGGGAUGUCGUGAAGUGGGAGGCUCGUGGAGGUGGGGAGGCGCCAGCACCUGCAAACAAGGAGAUAUUGAGAAGGAGACAUUUCUACUAAGGUUAUGGCACUGUAACUGUAAGUUCACUUGCCCCAUAAUAAAGUAAAAACCACAUUUUGUUAUUCAACUUGUAAUAAAAGGAACUUUUGUUCUUAUCA